CCAACCAGUCCUUAACCCUAAAGAGGUGUAGCCUGCAUGAUGUCUCUUUGAUAAAACUCUGAAGCGAAUACAACCAAACCCGAGUGGUUCCAGAAGCUGUAAGGAUGGAUCUACCCUGGGCUUUCUCCGUGUGUCUGGACAGCCGCAGUCUGCUCCUCUUCACCCUGGUCCUCCUGCUGGUGGCCCUGGGUCUGAGGUCCCGUCGGCCGAGAAGCUUUCCUCCAGGACCCUGUGCUCUUCCUCUGGUGGGGAAUAUUCUCUCUCUUGACUUCAACAAUCUCCACAACGACAUGACCAAGUUGGCAGAGCAGUAUGGGAACGUGUACAGCCUGAAGAUGGGCCCUGUGUGGACGGUGGUGUUGAACGGCUUCAGCACUCUGCAGGAGGGUCUCAGCAAAGGAGAUCACAUGAUCGACCGCCCUGCUUUCCCCAUCCAUACUGAUGUGUUGCCUGAUCGAGGUAUUGUUUUUGCUAAUGGCUAUUCGUGGAAGCAACAAAGGCAGUUUGCCCUCUCCACUCUCAAAUACUUUGGCGUUGGCAAGAAAUCACAUGAAUCUUCCAUACUGGAGGAAUUUAGGUACAUGUCCAAAGAAAUCGCUAGUCAUAAAGGCAAACCCUUCAAUCUACAUUUUUUAAUGAACAACGCCGUCUCCAACAUCAUCUGCUCCCUGAUCUUUGGCCAUCGCUUUGACUACAAGGAUGAGAAGUUUCUGCAGUUGAUAACGUUGUUGGACAAAGGGGUCCAGAUUGAAGGAUCCAUUUGGGCACAGCUGUACACCGCCUUUCCUGUGCUGAUGAGGCGUUUGCCGGGGCCACACCACACUCUUCAAAAGGGUUAUCGUGAUAUAAUGGACUUGAUGAAAACAGAAAUUAAUAAGCACAGGGAAGACUGGAACCCCUCUGAUCCCCGAGACUUCAUCGACUGUUACCUGACUGAGAUUCAGAAGCAUCAGGACAAGAGGGAUGAUGAGCCAAACGCUUGUUUUGAUGAAGGCAACCUGGUGAUGUGUUCGUUUGAUCUGUUCGGAGCUGGCACUGAGACCACCUCCAUCACCCUGCGCUGGGGUGUGCUCUACAUGGCAAAGUACACCGAGAUUCAGGAGAAGGUCCAGGAGGAGAUAGACAGCGUGAUUGGACAGUCCAGAGAGCCGUCCAUGGAAGAUCGUCCAAACAUGCCCUACACUGACGCCGUCAUACACGAGAUCCAGAGAAUUGGAAACGUAGUUCCUCUCAACCUGCCUCAUGUGACCAACAGGGACGUUCAGAUAGGAGGCUACACAAUCCCAAAGGGAGUUAUAGUAAUGCCCAACCUGACCUCGGUGCUGUUUGACAAGAAUGAGUGGGAGACGCCCAACACCUUCAACCCAGGACACUUUCUGAACAAGGAGGGGAAGUUUGUGCAGCGAGCUGCUUUCAUCCCUUUCUCUGUGGGUAAGCGGGUGUGUCUCGGGGAGAACCUGGCCAGGAUAGAGCUCUUCCUCUUCUUCACCUCCUUCCUGCAGCGCUUCACCUUCUCCAUGCCUCCGGGUGUGGAGGCUGUGUUCAAGCCCCGUUUCAGCAUCUUCCUCUUACCCCAACCCUACCAAAUCUGUGCCACUUUACGUGAAGAGUGAGACAUCUCAUCAACACAAUUUCUCGUGCUGUAAUUGUACGAGGAGACGCAUUAAAUAUUGUUGUGGGUCUGCAAGGUAUUUAUUGUUAAUUGUGCCUUGUUUCCCCCUGGGGUUUCUUAAAAGGCACGCAUGGAUUUUUAGGACAUUUAAAAAAUAUAUAUAUAUAUAUAAUACAACUUUUUAUGGUAACAUCUGUAAAACCCUAAAGGAGGAAAUCUCCCACGACAUCUGGAGCCUCUGAAUCAAAGAAGGUCAUACUAAGGCCUACUUUAAAUCAUAUGGAUGUUUCGCUUAGUUGUGGUCUGCCAUUUGAUUAUUUUCAGGUUAGGUGGAGGUUUAAGGUAACAACAAAAACUGUAUUAUCAGGGAUUCAGGGUCUCUGUAGAUCGUGUUGUUUCUUUUAAAUAAAUGUCUUAUAUACUGUAAUUGUACGAGGAGACGCAUUCAAUAUUGUUGUGGGUCUGCAAGGUAUUUAUUGUUAAUUGUGCCUUGUUUCCCCCUGGGGUUUCUUAAAGGCACGCAUGGAUUUUUAGGACAUUUAAAAAAAACAAUAUAAUGGUAACAUCUGUAAAACCCUAAAGGAGGAAAUCUCCCACGACAUCUGGAGCUUCUGAAGAAGGUCAUACUAAGGCCUCUUACAUAAGACAUGAAGAAAUGCAAUAGGCUAAACAAGGUCACCAAACUGGGUGCUAGGUAAGAGGGCAGAUAUCAGGAAAACACGGUGAUAAGAAUAAAAAAGUCAGCCACACUGCAGUUGUUAUAUUGUGAGUAUUUUAGUCAGAAAUUAUGUAAGCUUGGUCAGAAAUUACCCUAUCCUGUCAUUCACACAGCUAUUCUACUAGAAAAAUGUAUGUUUGUUUCAGUUAAACUUUAUUGGAAAUAUUCCUGUGAACUCUUUGACUACAGUAUCACACAGACAGUCCUUAUUAUUUGACAAUCAGUGACAACCUGACUGUAAAAAGUCAGUUCUUAAUAUUGUCACCAUUUUGUAAGAAGUUUUAUUACUUUCAGCUGCCAUACACAUACAUGACAAAUAAUGAGUCCAUUGCAAAUUGAAUAUACUUAUAAAUAUUUGUUCAUGAAAUUGUAAACAUUUUAAAUAUAGUGGUGAUUAAAUAAACUCGUUGUUA